GGCCGGGGGACGGCCCUAGGCCGAGGUCUCGCCGCGACUGCGCAGACGCCGUCUCGACGGGAACAUGGCGACUUGCGCGGAAAUCCUGCGGAGCGAGUUCCCAGAAAUUGACGGACAGGUCUUCGACUACGUGACCGGCAUCUUGCACAGCGGUAGCGCCGACUUCGAGUCCGUGGACGACCUGGUGGAAGCCGUGGGGGAACUGUUGCAAGAGGUGUCCGGGGACAGCAAGGAUGACGCGGGCAUCAGAGCUGUGUGUCAGCGCAUGUACAACACACUACGCCUGGCUGAGCCGCAGAGCCAGGGCAACAGCCAGGUGUUACUGGACGCUCCCAUCCAGUUGUCAAAGAUAAUGGAAAACUAUGACUGUGACACCAAACUUCCAGGACUGCUAAAGAGGGAACAGUCCUCGACGGUGAAUGCAAAGAAGCUGGAGAAGGCUGAAGCGCGACUGAAGGCAAAGCAGGAGAAACGCUCAGAGAAGGAAACCCUGAAGACCAGCAACCCUCUAGUCUUGGAAGAGGCAUCAGCUAGCCAGGCGGGCAGCAGAAAGGAAAGUCGGCUGGAAUCAUCUGGCAAGAACAAAUCCUACGACGUAAGAAUUGAGAACUUUGAUGUGUCUUUUGGUGAUAGGGUACUGCUGGCUGGAGCGGACGUGAACCUGGCAUGGGGCCGCCGCUAUGGGCUGGUAGGAAGGAAUGGUUUGGGGAAGACGACGCUGCUGAAGAUGCUGGCUACCCGGAGCCUGCGGGUUCCAGCCCACAUUUCCCUGCUGCAUGUAGAGCAGGAGGUUGCUGGAGAUGACACCCCUGCCCUACAGAGUGUACUGGAGAGCGACAGCAUACGAGAAGAUCUGCUCCGGCAGGAGCGCGAGCUGAGCGCCCAGAUUGCUGCCGGCAGGGCAGAGGGCUCAGAAGCUGCACGGCUGGCAGAAAUCUAUGCCAAACUGGAGGAGAUUGAGGCUGACAAGGCACCUGCCAGGGCAUCAGUCAUUCUUGCUGGGCUUGGCUUUACCCCUAAAAUGCAGCAGCAGCCUACACGGGAGUUCUCAGGUGGCUGGAGGAUGAGACUAGCCUUGGCCCGGGCUCUGUUUGCCAGGCCAGAUCUUCUGCUGUUAGAUGAACCCACAAACAUGCUGGAUGUAAGAGCCAUUCUGUGGCUGGAGAAUUACCUGCAGACAUGGCCUUCCACAAUCUUAGUGGUCUCUCAUGACCGCAACUUCCUGAAUGCCAUCGCCACAGACAUCAUCCACCUGCAUAGUCAGCGACUAGAUGGUUACCGGGGGGACUUUGAAACCUUCAUCAAGAGCAAGCAGGAGCGUCUCCUUAAUCAGCAGCGCGAAUAUGAGGCCCAGCAGCAGUAUCGCCAGCACAUCCAGGUUUUCAUUGACCGGUUUCGCUACAAUGCCAACAGAGCCUCGCAAGUGCAGAGUAAACUCAAGAUGCUGGAGAAGCUACCAGAGUUGAAGCCUGUUGACAAGGAAUCAGAGGUCGUGUUGAAGUUCCCUGAUGGUUUUGAGAAGUUCUCACCACCAAUUCUGCAGCUGGAUGAGGUGGACUUCUACUAUGAUCCUAAGCAUAUCAUCUUCAGCCGUCUGUCCGUCUCUGCUGAUCUCGAGUCUCGCAUAUGUGUGGUUGGGGAGAACGGCGCUGGGAAGUCUACCAUGCUGAAGCUGCUUAUGGGGGACCUGGCUCCUGUUCGAGGCAUCAGGCACGCCCACAGGAAUCUGAAGAUUGGCUAUUUCAGCCAGCACCACGUGGAGCAGCUGGACCUGAAUGUCAGUGCUGUGGAGCUGCUGGCACGCAAAUUUCCUGGACGAUCUGAGGAGGAAUAUCGUCACCAACUGGGCCGGUAUGGCAUCUCUGGAGAACUGGCCAUGCGCCCUGUUGCUAGCUUAUCUGGUGGCCAGAAAAGCCGGGUAGCUUUUGCUCAGAUGACUAUGCCCUGCCCCAACUUCUACAUUCUGGAUGAACCCACAAACCACUUGGACAUGGAGACAAUUGAGGCUCUGGGCCAUGCACUCAACAAGUUCAGGGGUGGUGUGAUUCUGGUGUCCCAUGAUGAGCGCUUCAUCCGGCUGGUGUGCCAGGAGUUGUGGGUGUGCGAGAGAGGCGGCAUCACCCGGGUUGAGGGGGGAUUUGACCAGUACCGUGCCCUCCUCCAGGAACAGUUCCGCCGGGAAGGCUUCCUCUAGGGCCACCAAGCUAAGUAAGGACUGUGCUAAGACAUGGACUGGUCUUGCAGACUCCUGGGCCAACUUGUAGACAACCAAUCCAGGCUUAGGACUCUCCUAUUUGAGGACAGCCUUAUUUCCAAAUUUCUCUUUCCCUUUCGACUGGAGCAUCCUCUGCACAAUGUGGGGGGACCCAUCCAAGGGCCCUGUGAGGACAGUGUCCUGGGGGAAGGGGUUAUAAAUACUGCCAUUGCCCCAGCUUGACAGGACCCUGCAUGGCUGCUAUGUAAAUUAAAUCUCCCCCUGCAUCUCUUUGGCUUCAUCUCUGCUGCUGCUGGGCAGGGUUGCCAUGGUUGCCUACUGUGAGUGUCGUGGACUCUGAUUGGCGUCUGUAUCAAUCACACAGAGGAAGCAACAGUAGUACCAUCCUUGCCCCUGCCGGGAGAUGUCAUCAGGACUGCUGGGGUAUUGAGGUCAUCUGCCUGCCCCUUGAAUGAACUGAGCUGGACAAGUGGAGAACAGAGCAUUGGGAUCACUGGUGCUUUUACCCUAGCCUGGACUCAGCCUCACUGAGAGGGUGUUGGACUUUGCUGUCUCCACCCCUGCUGCUCAGGAGCUUGACCUGGUUCUUGAAUCUGCCCUCACACGGUUUACCACCUGCUUUCUCCAGGGCACUCCGGUCAGGCUUCCCCUGCUUCUCUGACCUAGAUCUUCAGGGUUCAAGAGAAAACAUCUUUGUUUCCAGUUUG